GCUCUCUAUUGUACAAGUUUCAAAAGACAAACUUGGACGAUCCGAGAGAAUGUGUGGUUGUUGAACAGUGGUUGAGAGUCAUCAUUUGCAGUUUAGUACUUAUGAGGAAAUUUAAAGAAGGAUAGGCAUAUUUUUAGUGCAUACGUCGUAGUUGUUAGGCAUGUAAGGUAUAGGCCUGAGUUGUACCACACUUAAAGUUCGGAGGUUUUACAGAAUUAAUGACGAAACAUCACCAUGAUCACAUUUCGUCAUGUGGGCUAGCAAUAGUCUGAAGUCGUGCACUACAUCUUCAUCUUCUAGUUAAACAGUUGAUGAACCCUAAAGAUUAAGAGGAGGGCCAGCAGUUCUGAUGCCCUAGGAUAAGAGCAUCUUUCUUCCAGGAGCCAGGGAAGGCAUCCUCGGUUGCCAUGGAGACAGAGGAGACAACCGAGGACCCCUGAUAGACAGCUCAUCUUGGAGCGGGUUCACCAGAGGCGAUCCCAGUCAUGUGGAGUCUGCAUUAUUGUUGAAUCAGGAUAGUGACAAUGAUUACAGUCAAUGGAUGCGUCCCGCCGUCCGUUGGCAGAAGCUCUCCCGGAAACGAGGCGAUCGCUGCAUGGGGGUGCUUACCAUUUGCUGUCUGCUGCUGCUGGUUCUGGUGGUAGCCACUGUGGGCUUUGUCUGCAACAGACCCCAUUCGACAGCAUGCCUAGAGCCACGCUGCAUCCAGGCCACGGCCAACAUCCUCAAGAUUAUGGAUCUAGACGCAGACCCCUGCCAGGAUUUCUACCAGUACGCUUGCGGCAAGUACGCGGAGGUGACAGACAUCCCCGAGGACAAAUCCAAGUGGAGCUUCUUCGGGAAUGCUGUGCUGCACAACAAAAAGCUCAUCAGGAAGCUUUUAGAAAAAGACGGUUUUAACUACAGAGGAGUGCACAGUGAAGCAUUGUAUAAAACCAAGACCUAUUACGAGGCCUGUAUGAACAACAGUAUAUCAGAAAGUGCCCGGGCAGAACCAUUAUUACAGCUGAUAGAAUCACUGGGCGGGUGGACGUUAUUAGAUAAUGGUACAGCAGCUGAACAAUGGGAUGAGGGAUCUUGGAGCCUGGAGCAGAGACUAAUCCAGCUACAUGAGAUGAGACUAUUUGUGCUCUUCACCAUGGUUGUCGGAGCAGAUGACAAAAACUCCAGUGAAAAUAUACUGCAGUUUUACCAGUCUGGCCUCGGACUCUCUGCACCGCAAAUUUACGAAAGCAAUGAUACAAAAAUAGUCGAUGCCUACAUUGAACUGGGAGCCACCGUGGUGACCCUGCUCAGGCUGAAUGGCUCGCCAGAGGUCUGGGAGCACGCUCAAAUGAAACAAGAGGCCAGACGAAGAAUAGAGGAGAUUGUUGAAUUUGAGAAAACCCUUAGCAAGCUGUUUGUCCCCAAGAACAAGCUGCGAGACCCCGUGGCCAUCUACAACCGGAUGCCCCUGCAGGAACUGAUCGACAUGGUCCCCCAGCUGGACCUACAGGCCUACGUGGCCGACACCCUAGGCGGGGACGUCAAUCGCUCCCUGGAGGUGGUGGUCUACACGCCCAGCUACUUCCACAAGCUGAACCAGCUGCUGAAGGACACACCGGCCAGGGUUCUGGCAGACUACACCAUUUGGUACACGGUCCAGCCGUUUCUCAACUACCUGUCCCAGCCCUUCCAGACAGCAGUCACAGAGUUCAGCAAGGUGGUGCGGGGGAUCGACACCCAGCCCCCGAUGUGGGAGCGCUGCAUGUCCAAAGUCGACGCUGCCUUUGGGUUUGUGACGGGGGCGCUCUUCGUGGAGGAGAGAGAUUCCGAGGUUACAAAGAAGAAGGCCCUCGAGUUGAUCGAGGAUAUCCGUGAAGCCUUCUUGCAGAACCUGCCGCUGGUGGAGUGGAUGGACGACAAGACCAGGGCCCGUGCCGAGGACAAGGCCCGGGCUGUGAAAGACAAGAUAGGCUUCCCCGAUUGGAUCUUGGACCCGGUACAGCUGGACGAGUACUACCGUGGGCUGAACAUUUCGACCGCAAACAAGUUUGACAACAUGGUGAACAUCAUGAAGUUUUUCCACUACAAGUCGCUGAAGGAUUUCGGCACCCCUGUUGACAAGACUAGAUGGAGCAUGGCCCCGGCUGAUGUCAAUGCCUACUACAGUGCUUCCCUGAAUCAAAUGGUCUUCCCCUCUGGAAUUCUGCAGGCGCCGUUUUUCAACAAUGACGUGCCAAUGUCCAUGAAUUUCGGAGCCAUCGGCAUGAUCAUGGGCCACGAGCUGACUCACGGCUUUGACAACCAGGGUCGGAAGUUUGACAAGUUUGGCAACCUGGACGACUGGUGGGAGAACAUGUCGGCCUCGGCUUACGUGGAGCGAUCUGAGUGCAUGGAGAAGCAGUACUCAGCUUACGAGGAGCACGGGGUGAAUCUGGACGGCCAUUUCACCCUGGGCGAGAACAUAGCCGACAAUGGGGGGUUGAAGAUUGCCUACAUGGCCUACCAGAACUGGCGGCGGGACAACCCCGAGGACCUGAAGCUGCAGCUCAACCUGACCGCCAACCAGGAGUUGUUCCUGGGCAUGGCCCAGGUCUGGUGCAGCUACUACACACCGGAGCACGCCCAGCUCAUGGUCUACACCGAUCCGCACGCCAGCGAUAGAUUCAGAGUCAUGGGUGCCAUGUCGAAUAUGCCAGAGUUCAGUGAAGCAUUCAACUGCCCUGUAGGAAGUCCUAUGAAUCGUGAGGACAAGUGUAGAGUUUGGUGAUUGUCAAGAUGAUCAGGUGUUAUAAACGGCAGUACUUACCUGUAUUUCAAGGGAAAAACGUCAGAUGUUCUUUUAAAUCUGAGUUUUCUGGGCAGCUGGCCAAAACUGUGUUUUCUAUUUUGGGUUUCUUGGGGGUGAAGGUCAUUUUGUAGUCUGAUUUUUUUUUUCAAAAGAAAUCUCCUUACGGUUGAAGGAUUAACUUUGGAAAGUGAACGUUCUUUGGCAAAAUAAAGUUCAUUUGAGGUGCAAGAUGUCACAGAGGGGAAAAUGAAUUGCCUAAGAUUUAGGGGUUACGGUGUUGGGUUAUAAUUUAAGCUAUUUUAAAAAAGCAACAGGUAAUCUGUAAGGGUAAAGUUUAGAAAUUGAAGUUCAGGAUAUUUUAGACAUAUUUCAAGUCCCUAAUCUGUAAAAUCAAAAAUUGUAGAAAACAACAACAUCAUUUUUGGUAAUUUUGCCUUCUUACGGCCGAGCCCAGCCCAGAGCUGCAAGAUUUUGGCACAUCACAAAUAUAAACGUCCAGAAAGUACUCUUCACAGACACUAUAGUCACAGUGAUGUGAAAACUUUUAAUUUCUGUAAAGAGCAUAUCUGUGAAUCCCUCAAAACUUCUCAACGGCAGAUUUUGGAUUCUGAAGGAUUUAGGCUACAUGUACUUACCUGUUGUGGUUAAGGACAUUACUUGGCAAGACAGGAAUCUUAUUUCUUGCACCCACCCCCACUCAGUAGCCGGGAAGCAAAAUAGUUAUAGAAAGAUGGCUUUUUGGGGAUUUCCCUUUCACUCCCAAAGAAUAUAAAACUCCCAAAUAUAGCCAUACACUUCUGAAAGGCCUUAACGUCCCAAGAUUCUGUUGAGAGAUUUUAUAUGUGCCUUGUGUACAGUACGUGAAUAUAAUUAUCAUAUUUACAAAGAUACUUAUUGAAAUUCAGGGUGGAUGUUUUGCUCCAAAUGAGGUCUACUCAUAGUACUUGGUAUUUGAGGGUAAAUGGGUGGAAGGAAACACCAUCUUGAGUCGAACAGAAAGUGGUACUUAAAUGCCUCGGAUAUUCAGAUGAGAGACUUGCUUACAUGCGCCUUGUGAAAUGUUUGAAGCUGGCUCAGUUUAUAAAUGAUGCUAUCGUAUUCGCAAAGUUACUUAUCAAAAGCCAGGGUGAACAUUCGGCGACAAACUUGCAAGAAUUUGCAAGAACCAAAGCCACGCAAAAAAAGCAUCCUCAUGGCUUGCCAGUGCCUGAAAGUCUUGGCUGCAGCAUCAAGGAGUGGCACAGGCAUUGAGGGAAGCCGUUGGCUAGCGGCUGACUCCAUUUCCCACAGACAAGUGUGUUACAGACUGCUGCAGCCAAGACAUCCGGACACAGCCAGUACAUGUAGGUUGCCCAGUUUAACAGCACAGAUUUCAGGUAUGGACCCAACUUCAGGCACAGAAGUAUUUUCUGCUGAAGAGGUCCACAGAAUUGGCCCUUUCAAAUGAUGUCCAGGCAGUGAUGUACAAUUUGCACAAACAGUUUGGCUAUGCAAAGUUAACUGAAACAAAAAUCCUUCCCUGUCCAUACGAACAGAUUGCACGUAUUUAUAUUUAUCUUUCCAGCAAUAUUUUCCAUCAUCAAACAUGUGGUGGACUUUAAGCUUUCAACAUUUGUAACAGGUCUUCACAAAAUAUGAAUUACCAAACCUGACAUAGAAAACUUGUUCAACUUUUAGUGGCAAGAAGUUAUUCCCUUAUGAAAACAUACGUAUUUAGUGCUAUGUGUGUGUCAUAAACUAAACUUUUUUCUUCCUUGCCAAAGCCAUUUUUAAAAAUUAUAUUUUUGAGAACUUUUGGAAUUUAAAUAAAUAUUUUUGUGUUUCCUUGAACCUUAUAUUAACAAAAGGCAUUGUUCCCAUACUCAUGAAAUAGGUACACUUUUUUUGUUAAGAACUUGUAAAAUAGCUGUUUCUGUUAAAAUUUCUUGCCUUAAUAUUUUUUUAUUCAUUUGUCGGUUAGAGUAGUCUUACAUCAUAUAGGAGUUAUCCAUCUGUAACAUACAACUGUAUUUCAAAUUUUUUAGGGGAGGGGAAGGCCAACUCCGAAUUGCAGUUUGCACUUAUUGGCAAGAGUAAAUUAAAAAUGAAGGGCCUUAUUCGCACUAAUCCCAGCGGGAGCCAAACAGUGCAACUAGGCUGCAACUGUACUACGACUGGUCUCACUCGAAUGGGAAACUGAUGGUGGCAGAAGAUGUACAAGUCCUUUUUGCCAGUUCUGAGCUGUGAAAAAGGCCGAUAUGUCAGUUGCCACCAGCAUCCCCAAAUCUCCCAUUGAGAAUUCAAUAAGAUUCUGAUUUCUUUUUCCAAGUCAGGGAGAUGGCAUGGAGGAAUAUUAUCACCCCCCCCAAGCUCAUUUUAUACUAAACAGCUGCCAGCGUUGUGGCCUGGAAAAUAGCUUAACACCCACCCAUGUCAAAAAGAUUGAAGUUGUAACGUCUCAAUUCAUUCCUCCUGAAAUGAAUUGGGUUCAUGUAGCGUCAACCUUCCCUUGUUGCAACCUUUGCAAUUGUACAUGAGAGGUUACAGCAACACACCACUUGCCCUGUUCAUGUUGUGUGGCUCUGGAUGCUGUGCCAGUGUAUAGUAAGUGCAAGGCAGCGCUACAAUGAUGAGGGGGGGGGGAACAGACGUCACUGAAUUUCCAUGACCAAUAUUUUUACACAUGGGAUGCAUCUAAAGACGCCCACGAGUGUCUAUUGAGCCCAGUCCGUGUUUCCACUGUCGACAUUUUUGGCCCGCCUGUUCUGGCAAAAGUGGAAAUGUACGAUUUUGAUAAAAAUUGGUGCAAUACAUUAGUGGAAAAACGCUGAAGGCUUGGCGCGAUGAAAUGAAGAGCUGUUUGACGAUAUCUGAGAAAUUAUGAAGAGGGGCAAUCCUCCCUGCUCUUUUAGGGUCAAAGGUUACAUAUUUACAAAAUAAAGAGAAACCAUUGAGGACCAAUGAAUAUUAAUUACAGUAUUCAGAAAUGUAAUACAUCAUUCCAUUUUUAAUUACAUGUAGCUACAAUCUUUGGCACGUCGUUCCCCUGAGUUCACAACAAACCUGUGUUAACAUUGAUGAGUCACUUGCCAAAAGCCUUUGAGGCCACGCAGCAUUGACAUAAUUACAUGUACAUCUAUAUCCAGUGGUAAGGAAAAGAUUUUGGUUUACUGGAAUUUUAAUUUUUAAUCUUCUGCUUCCAAUGUUAUUGUAUCUGUAUUACAAAAUGUACUUCACGUAAGUUUUGUUACAUAAUGUUCAUAGAGAUGCUACUAUAAUCAUGAUAAGUAAUUAAAUAAAGGCUUAAUUGUGACCCAAAACACACUUGACUUGGAAAUUGGCACCUCACGAAGACAAGCUAUUGGAUGUGCAGGUACAUAACCUAUACAUGUAAUAGAUGAUUGUGUGUUCCAUGAGAUCAGUUUUUA